UGUUCUGAUAUGAAAAAGGUCAUGGGACAUCUGCCCUCAGCCAAUUUUCUACCAAUCCGACCCGUUAAAGGCAGUCCACGCUGCCGUAGGCCUGGGCUGCCAUUGGUCACAAUGACGCGAAUGUGAGUUGACACGCCCCCGAGUAUAAAAGGCCCGUGACCCUGUAUGGCCCGUAAACAAUUUGAGGAGUCAGUGUACUAAAUCGGUCCUGGUCGAGAUAACCGGGUUUACAAUUGUUCCAACAACAUAAAAAAAAAAAAAUUCUGCAGCCACGAAAUCCUCGUAUUCAAAGAUGGUCUUUGUCAACGAAAUUGAACCCGAGUUUUCUUUCAAACUCUAUGAGGAUCCUUUCGACAGUGGUUAUUCAGAUGCCAGUGGGGAAUGCUCGCCAUCACCGAGUUCACCACCACCGUCUCCACUGUCGGACGCCAUUCGCUUUGUCUAUUAUCCUGUUGUGCCAUACUACAUAUUCCCGUUCUUUCCACAAAGUGAUAUUCCACUUAGCAUCAGUCCCGCAUUCGAGACAUUAAUUGAGAAAGAGAACAAUGAGUUUGAUCCAACUCCAGUUGUUAACAAUGUGACUAUCGGUCGACUUAUCAAAUGGACAUUGCCGCCACCUACAAUUCCAUAUUUCCCAUUGCCUAAUUGGGAACCAAUGCCAUAUGGUAUGGAGCAGUUUUGGCAAUCGGCUUUUGCUUGGUUCUUUCGUCCGUUAUGGUUCGGCAGUAACCAUCUUUGGACUCUGCAGCCCAUCUCUGCGCCACCAGCUGAAGACGAAUGGGCAUGGCACGCCAUUAGUUAUUCAGCUAAAGUUCGUUUCCAAUGUCAAUACAAACAUGGAUGGACAUCGAUGAAGGGCCGCGUGGUAUUUUGGUACCGCAUGCGUCGACAUAACAACGUUAUCGUUUCCGAAGCUCGUUUCAAACUUUACGGGCAACAGUGCAAUCGUUGCCACAAAAAUCGUCAGGAUUUUUUGACUCCAUUGUGGUACCAUGAAGAAAUCGAAAAUGCAAUUCGUUUUCUGGCAACAGAGGUAGCCAAGACGUAUUAUGGCGGCGAGAAGCUUCCUGUUCCUCGCAGACUUCGUCAGGGCAAUCCUAGUAGACUUACCCACCAUGACCCAACUAGAUGCCAGGCAUGUGUUGAAGGUCUUUGCGUUAUACGCUUUUGAUAGAACAUUGAAAAGAAGUCAAUGUUAUUUUUUUUUCUUAUUUUUCUAACAUCAUGUGUUCAGCAUGUAUCUUUUAGUCACUUGUUUGUAUUAUGUGUGCGUCGGUUUGGUUUAU